CCUCGGCCUCCCAAAGUGCUGGGAUUACAGGUACAAGCCACCGCGCCCGGCUUAUUACUUUUAAACUAUUUAAUGUUUCUUUCAAGCAUCUCAAUAUUUUAAGUUGCAAGACAGCAGUAACGUUUUAAUAGUUCAUUGAAUUCUGCCUCUACAGACUUAGCACCCUAUAAACAAUUGGCACAGAAAGCAAAACGCACAGUGAAGAUUUCCGAGGCAGAUGUUGUGGUGUGCCACCCAGACCACCCUUUGUAACUGAAGCAUUCAUUCCCCUAGCAGCUAGGAGUGUUGGCUGCUGACAGUUCACAGAUAAGUCCUAUCCUAAGAACUGCCAACAGAGCCACCUCACCCAACGUAAUGCCCCCUCCUAGGAAGUGGCCUGCAUCCAAUUGUGCAGACUUCUAAGAGCCCAUCCUUCUUAGCUCAGAACAGAAAAUCUCUGAGGGCCACCUCAGCUUCAGAGAAACUUGUGAGAUAGGCUGAGGCCUCUGUUGCAAAUGCAUCACAGUUCAACUCUCCCUCUAACCAAUCCUACCCACCCAAGAGGUGCUGAUCCUGAGACCACUCUAAAAUAAAUUUCCUGCACACAAAUCUCGGUCUUAGAGUCUAUUUCCCAGGAAACUUGACUUGCAGUGCAGCUAACACUAUAACAGAAAUGAAAACAAACAAAAAAUGCAGAAAAAUUCACCAGAUACUGGGUUCAUUUCCUCUUUUCCAUUUCUUGCUUUUAGAGAAUCGUGUCCACCUUCUAUCUCCUUGCUAGAGACAGGGUCCUGUUCCUUCCAGUGCCCUCAAGCAGCCACUCCUCAACACCACAGGCAGAAACCCCAGACAGCAGGGGCACAGCAGGGGGUACCGCAGAUCCCAGUUCCUCCGGGACAGCAGGGGGCGCCGCAGACCCCAGUUCCUCCCCUGGGUCCUGUAGCUGCACUUCUGAAGUCUGGUCCCUUCAGGAUCUGGCAGAGGGUGAAGACCAAAGGAGAGGAGGAGGUGAAGCAGAGGAAUCCGUUUAGGAGGAGAAACUAGUUCUGGUGGCUCCCCACUGGCCUCUUCCUGGGAGCCUGAGUCCAGGAAGCAGGAAGCGCUGGCUCUGAGGGCAGAGACAUGGGCCCUGCUGGCUGUGCCUUCAGGCUGCUCCUUCUGCUGGGGGUCUCAGUGUGCGGGCGACCUGUAUACUCAAGCCGCAUUGUAGGUGGCCAGGAUGCUGCUGCAGGGCGCUGGCCUUGGCAGGUCAGCCUACACUUGGACCAUAAAUUUAUCUGUGGAGGUUCCCUCGUCAGUGAGAGGUGGAUACUGACAGCAGCACACUGCAUACAACCGACCUGGACUACUUUUUCAUAUACCGUGUGGCUGGGAUCAAUUAAAGUAGGUGACUCAAGUAAAAGUGUGAAGUACUACGUGUCCAAAAUCGUCAUCCAUCCCAAGCACCAAGAUACAACAGCAGACGUUGCCUUGUUGAAACUGUCCUCUCAAGUCACCUUCACUUCUGCCAUCCUGCCUAUUUGCUUGCCCAAUAUCACAAAGCAGUUGGCAAUUCCAGCCUUUUGUUGGGUGACCGGAUGGGGAAAAGUUAAGGAAAGUUCAGAUAGUGAUUACCAUUCCACCCUUCAGGAAGCAGAAGUACCCAUUAUUGACCGCCAGGCUUGCGAACAACUCUACAACCCCAUCGGUAUCUUUCUGCCAGCACUGGAGCCAGUCAUCAAGGAGGACAAGAUUUGUGCUGGUGAUACUCAAAACAUGAAGGAUAGUUGCAAGGGUGAUUCUGGAGGGCCUCUGUCGUGUCACAUUGAUGGUGUAUGGAUCCAGAUAGGAGUAGUAAGCUGGGGAUUAGAAUGUGGUAAAUCUCUUCCGGGAGUCUACACCAAUGUAAUCUACUACCAAAAAUGGAUUAAUGCCACUAUUUCAAGAGCCAACAAUCUAGACUUCUCUGGCUUCUUCUUCCCUAUUGUACUACUCUCUCUGGCUCUCCUGCGACCCUCCUGUGCCUUUGGACCUAACAUUAUACACAGAGUAGGCACUGUAGCUGAAGCUGUUGCUUACGUACAGGGCUGGGAAGAGAAUACAUGGAGAUUUAGUCCCAGGGGCAGAGAACUCACAGGAGAGCCACUGGUAACCCUGGAUGACUUUAUUCAUAAUUUGAAAUGAUUUUGUUUUUAAGGUUCUUGAUUUUAUAAGUUUUGGGGUUGGAAUGUGAAGAGUUAAGAAAUAAAGCUGCCACUUUGUACAUUCUUUGUCCCUGACUAAUGAGUCUUCCAAGGCAGGAAGGAUGUCCUUUAUGAAUAAGUAUUUGUAGACACAAAUUAAAUAGCUACUACAGAGGCAGGCAAGUAUCUGUGAUGACACAGGAAAAUAUAAUAAGGGUCUACCUCGUGCCCAUGGGUUGCAUCAUGGGAUAGUCUAUUAUUUCUCACCUCCUCUACUAUCUUUAACUUCCCUUCUAACCCCUGCUUUACCCCUCAACUGUAACAAGAGGGCUAAUAAAAAAUUCUUAUAAAGCCAACUCUGGGCACACUGCCUAGGGAUUAGCUAGUCCUGCUCCAUAAGGAGUAGUAAAAAAAGAAGAAAAAAAGAGAGAUGCAAACAUGGGUCAGGCAUGUUGGCUCACACCUGUAAUCCCAACA